UGUUAUUUGAAGCCAGUAAGCCACAGGUUUAUGCCAAUAAUCCUGCUCUGUUCUUUUAUGAACACCUUAAUACAACAAAUAAGUGCUUUUUGUUCCAAUACACAAAUUUAGUUCAAACUAUAUACAGCAUGGUACCGAAUUUAGACUUUUUAACAGUAGUUCCAAGGGAUAUAUCUCAAUCUCAGAGUCAGAACCGAUUAUUGAUUUUGUCCACUUUAAAACAAUAAAUCAAUAUUUUGAAGAAUAUCACGUGGAAACCAGCAAUAAUUGAACGAUUUAAUAUGGGAAAUUUUACCUCGAUGCAUAUAGAAGAAAAUCUUCUUCAAAACCAAGAAUUAAUGAAUGAAAUAACAGCAAUAAAGAUUGAGAGGGAUAUCCAGAUGAGAAGUCAGCUGAGGGAAAGAGAAGUAGCUUUGGAAAUAGCAAAGCAACGAGAGUUAUUUUUCUGGUAUGGUGCCUUUUAUCUGACUGCAGUAACCUGGAGUGCCUUAGGAUACAGGUAUAAGAGAAAUGUAUCUGUGUUCGCUCCGCUUAUUCCGUUGAGUUUUUUGAUGGCAUAUCAAACAGAUUUAGCUUAUGGUACGAAGCUACAUCGUAUAAUAGUUGAAGCAGAGCAUAUACUCCAGUUUGAACCUGAGAUUGUUCAGUUGCCUCUUAAGGUACCUACAGCAGCAUCCCUAGAUUUAAGGAGAGCAGAAAUCAGGGACCAUCAAAAAUUACAUCCUGCUAUACCCCCUAAAUAAUAAUGAAACCAUUGAGUCAAAUUAAUUCUAUGUACCUAAUAGGAUGUCAUUCCUUAAACUUUGAAAUUUUCUCAUUGUUUCAUUGAAAAAGUGUCUUAAAUAUUGUUCGUGUUAUGAAAUUUUAAAAUAUUAUAUAUGUAUAUAUAUAUUUAUAUUCAGAAAAUAUUUCUCAAUAACUCUUGCAAUAUUACACAAUGUAUUUCAGAUAAGUUCUACAGAGUGCUAGGAAAGUUGGGAUAAAAAACAUUAACUUGUAGUACAAGGUGUAGAAAUUUGAAAAUAUCUGAACUCCUGAGACAAUAUCUUUAUUGAAAAUUCAAUUAUAAAGUGUUGUGAAAAUAUAACGAUUCCAAUGAA